AUGUAUCCAGCAGUGCAGAACAGCAGCCAGCCAUUUGCCGCCUUCACCAGCCGGCGCAGUGCGAUUCACAGCACAAAAGGCAUGGUAGCAUGCACCCAGCCAUUGGCGGCACAGGCGGGGCAAAAGAUCCUUGCCUUAGGAGGUAACGCAGCAGAUGCUGCUGUGGCUGUCGCUGCGGCGCUGAAUGUGACUGAGCCGGCAUCAACUGGACUGGGAGGGGAUGCAUUCUGUCUUUUCUACAACGCGAAGACCAAAACGGUGCAUGCGUUGAAUGCAUCGGGCCGCAGCGCAAAGAACACAACUCUGGAGCAGGUCCAGCAAGAUACCGGCAUGAGCAAAGGCAAAAUUCCCUUUUCCAGCCCAUUGGCUGUCACAGUGCCCGGAGCCGCUUGUGGAUGGGUUGACACGGUCGAGAAGUUUGGAAGUGGAAAAUUGACGUUGGAGCAAAUCAUGACGCCAGCCAUUGAGUUGGCCGAAGAGGGCUUUCCGGUCAGCGAAAUCUCAGCCUCGAUGUGGAAGAAUGCAGAGGCCAAGCUCAGAGCGGCAUCCCCAAAUGGUAUGCAGAUGCUCAAGCCAGACGGCACAUCCCCCAAGUCGGGCGAAAUAUUCAGAAAUCCGUUUCUGGCAGCAACCCUACGGGCAUUGGCAGCUGAGGGGAAAAAGGCGAUCUACAGCGGGCGAAUUGCGCAAGCAAUAGUGGACGCCCUGAAACAAAAAGGCAGUUAUAUUGAGCUAUUCGAUCUGGAGCACCAUCUCAAUGAAGGCUGUUGGGAGACCCAACCAGUGUCUCUCAAAUUCGGUGGCCAGAAAGUCGCGUCACAGAAUGCUUCGGGGGAUCAUUACAUCGAGCUCUGGGAGCAUCCCCCGAACGGACAGGGCAUCGUGGCCCUCAUGGCCCUUGGCAUCCUAGAGGGACUGGAACGAGCGAAGCAGAUUCCUACCUUCAGCAAAGAAGAUCACAACAGCGCUGUCUAUCUACACGCCCUCAUAGAGAGUUUACGCAUCGCCUUCGCUGAUGCUAACUGGUGGGUGACGGACCCCGAGCACAGUUCGGUCUCACCACAACAGUUGGUGUCUCUCCCGUACUUGACUGAACGUGCAAAGCUGUUUGAUCCCACCAAAGCAAUCAAUCACGCCAGGGGCCAGCCCUUUGACGGUGUGAGUCCCGCUCAAAACCGAAGCGACACCGUUGUCUUUGCAGUGACGGACAACGAAGGCAACGGCACAUGCAUUGUGAACUCGAAUUUCAUGGAAUUCGGCUCUGGCAUUAUUCCUGAGGGCUGUGGAUUUGCGUUGCAGAAUCGUGGAGCAGGCUUCCAUCUUGGACCGGACAACCAUCCAAAUAUCUAUGCAGGCGGGAAACGGCCCUAUCACACAAUCAUCCCAUGUUUGUCCACGCAGGGCCCAGAUCGAGAUCUUCAUGCUGUUUUUGGCGUCAUGGGCGGGCUUAUGCAGCCGCAGGGCCACGUCCAGGUGCUCCUGAACAUGGAGGUAUUCGGCAUGAACCCGCAAGAAGCCGUGGAUGCUCCCCGAGUCUGCAUCGAGAAUCCCAUGCCCCCGAAACUUGGUGGCAUUGGGACCGUCUAUAUAGAGGAAGGGAUUGAGGACUCUGUUGUCGAGACAUUGAGAAGGAUGGGUCAUGAUGUGGAGGUCCUCAAGGGCUGGUCUCGCAACAGAUUUGGAAGAGGUCAGGCAAUUAGGCAGCGCAUAGAUGAAACCGGCCAAAGAGUCUAUUCUGGCGGCAGUGAUGGAAGGGGAGACGGUGUGGCCAUGCCAUGUUAA